GGCCCCAACACCAAAGGGGCGGUGCUGACGCCAGCGGAGGCGGAAAUCAGUCCCUGGUUCCGGCUUCUGUCCCCUGGGCGGGAUUCCAGCGCAGGCGCAGUGUUUCGGGGGCAGAGACUCACGGCCCAGCCUCUGCGAGGCUACCCGCUUGCGCCCGGGUUACCCGGGACCUUACCCAAGUGAUGCCCCGCUAUUGCGCCGCGAUUUGCUGUAAAAACCGCCGAGGACGAAACACUAAAGACCGGAAGCUGAGCUUUUACCCAUUUCCUCUCCAUGACAAAGAAAGACUUGAAAAGUGGUUAAAGAAUAUGAAACGGGAUUCUUGGGUUCCCAGUAAAUACCAGUUCCUGUGUAGUGACCAUUUUACUCCUGAUUCUCUUGACAUCAGAUGGGGUGUUCGUUAUUUAAAACAAACUGCAAUUCCAACAAUAUUUUCUUUGCCUGAAGACUGUCAGGGAAAGGACCCUUCCAAAAAAAAAUCUCAGAAGAAGAAAUUGGAAGAUGAGAAUGAAGUAUUUCUAAAAGCCAAGUCAGAAAAAUCAUUUCUAUCAAAUGAGGCAAAGAAAAAUACAGUUAACACAGAUGUGCUCCCUGAACGUGCAGAAUUACUUGAUUCAUAUGCCAUAGUGAAUCCACCAGCUCCAAAAACAGAAAGUAUGCAGAGUAACGUAGUAACUCUUAAUCUAAUUAAACAUGGUACCAAAAAUCCACAGUCUACCUUGAAAACAUCAGUCAACCACGAUUUAGGUAGAAGUAGUUUUAAUGAGAAUCAAAAUUCUACAACUAUUACUUUGACAACUUCAGAUUCAGAAGGUAUUCAGCAGUCUUUGGAAACCCACGAAGUGCUUGAAAUAACUACCGAUCAUCUUGUUGAUCCAAACCUUACAAAUAAUUCCAUGGAAAUUAAUUCACAGGAAAAUCCUUUCUUAUUUAGCACAAUCAAUCAUGCAGUUGAAGAAUUAAACACAAACAAAGAGUCUCUUAUUGCCAUUUUUGUACCCACAGAAAAUUCAAAACCUGUUGAUUCUUUUACACCAAUCCAAAAAGAAACCAUGGAAAUGGAAGAUAGAGAUACUGAAGACUCCUUAUAUAAGGAUGUAGAUCAUGGGGCAGAAGUUUUGCAAAUUGAUCAUUCUUACUGCAGACAAGACAUAAAUGAACAUUUAUGGCAAAAAGUCUCUAAGCUACAUUCAAAGAUAACUCUCCUUGAGCUACAGGAACAAAAAACUCUAGGAAGGUUGAAGUCUUUGGAAGCACUUAUAAGCCAGCUAAAACAGGAAAACUGGCUGUCUGAGGAAAAUGUCAAAAUUAUAGAAAAUCAUUUCACAACAUAUGAAGUCACUAUGAUAUAAAAAGGUUUUUCAAGCUAUGGUUUUUAUUAAUAAGCUUUUGCCAGUUAAACCAAAAUGGGAACUUCUUCCUCUAAAAAUAGAAGUUCUCACCUUAAGCUAUAAACAUACUCUAAUAUCAUGAUAUUCUGAAAAUGCACAUUAGUAACAAAAAUUUGAGAGGUCUUGAGCUGCAAUGAAAAACAAUUUUAUUACUUGAUAAUUUCCCAAAGUUACUGUGGCCAGGCGGGGUCACACCGGUAAUCCCAGCACACGGAAGCUGAGGCAGGAGGAUUACUGUGAGUUAGAGACCAGC